AUGGUAGAUUGUAUUAUGGAAAACCAUGAAGAAUCUGUAUGGCUUUGUGGUGACUUUAAUAUGCCAUAUUGCACUUGGUCAACCGAAGAUUUCUGCUCAGUACCGGUGGCAGAGGUUGGUGAACGGAAUCAUUCAAGUGAUGUGGUCACACUAUUAGCAGACUCUUGUGCAUUUCACAACUUAUAUCAGGUGAAUGAAGUCCCCAACAACACUGAUAGAAUCCUGGAUCUGAUACUAUCCACUAAUAAAAAUACUUCUGUUACAUUGAGCGACCACCCAUUGGUACCAGCUGAUAGAUAUCAUCCUCCAUUGAACAUUCAGAUUAAGACUAAUACGAAUCACACAAAUGAAGACAGUCCUCAGAAUGAUAUAUUUUAUUAUGAUUUUAAAUCAGCUGAUUUAACUCUCUUAAAUGACUGUUUAAGUCAAAUUAAUUGGGAUGAAUUAUUAUUAAAUCACUCAGUCAAUAAUAUGGUAAACAUUUUUUAUGAUAUUCUGUACUUUUUUGUUCAUGCUGUAAUUUCUCAAAAAAAAGUAUCUAAAAGAAAAUUUCCAUUAUGGUUUACCCCAGAGUUGAAGCAGCUGACAAUCCAGAAAAAACAGGCUCACAAAAGAUUGAAAAAUUCAGGGUUAAGAGGUGAUUAUGUUGAUUAUAGCAUACUUCGAGCUGAGUGUAAAAACUUAUCUCAAUUGUGCUACCUACAGUUUGUUGAAAAAUCUGAAUUUUCUUUAACAGAUCAAAGAAAUAUAAAACAGUUCUGGAACUUUGUUAAGAGCAAGCGAAGUGGAAAUGAAUUACCACCUUUGUUGUUCUUUAAAGAUAAAGAAUGUUCCAAAAAUAGUAAUUCAGAAAAAAAACUGAAUUCCAGUGGUACCUCCCACAUUGUGUCUGGUGAACUAACAGUGUAUUAUCAGAAUGUUAGAGGAAUCAGAACCAAGCUUACUGCUCUUGAAGAAAGUGCUGCUACAACUGACUAUGAUGUGCUUAUAUUUACUGAGUCGUGGUUGUGUGAUGGUAUCAGUAAUGACGAAUUGGGACUUUUAGAUUUUAAUAUAUAUCGAAAGGACCGCUCUCCAUUAACUAGUGAUAAAGUAAUUGGAGGGGGUGUCCUUAUUGCAGUUAAAAAAUGUUACUCAUCGAGGUCUAUUCUGUUACCACAUGUUCACUUGGAGGAACUGUUUGUUGAAGUUUGCACUCUGAAUGAAUGUUAUAUAUUUGGUACAGUUUAUCUUCCUCCUAAUUCAGCCUUAAUAUCCUAUGAGAAUCAUUGUAUCAGUAUAGAAUCUGUCUGUAACAAUUUUCCUGAACACAAGUUCAUUCUAACAGGAGACUACAAUCUGCCAAAUAGCGAAUGGUACCAUGAUAAAAGAGGUGUCUUUAGUAAUAAUAGUAACACUGCUACUGAUACUUUAGUUGAUACUUUUGCAUUUUAUAACCUAUUUCAGCUUAAUCACAUCACAAAUUGCAACGGAGUUUUACUUGACCUGGUUUUUGCUAAUGAUAAUGAAAAUGUAACAGUUGAAAUUGCUAAUGAUUAUUUAUUGCCUUGUGAUCGUUAUCAUCCUGCGUUAUCUAUUUCUUUAGCUAUUAAAGAUAAUAUGCCUGAGCUUCAAUAUGAUAGUUUUGCCUUCAAUUUUAGGAGAGGAGACUAUGUUGCUCUUAAUAUGUAUCUUGCUAGUAUCUCCUGGGAAAAUGUUUUAGGUAUUUGCAGUGAUAUUAACGAGGCCACGGAACUGUUCUACUCCAUAUUGCAGUUUGGCAUCCAUUGUUCAAUACCACGUGUAAGAUUAAAAAUCCCAAAUUUCCUCGUUGGAUGACUAAUGACCUAAAAUCAUUAAUAUUUAGGAAAAAAAUUGCUCAUAAGAUAUAUAAACAAACAAAUUCUUGGGACGAUUAUCUACUUUUCUCUUCCUUGAGAACCACAUGCAAAGAAUUAAGCAGGUCAUGUCAUGAUAUUUAUAUAAGUCAAACUGAAUCUAGAAUUAGUUCAAACGUAAAGCACUUUUGGAAGUUUGUUAACAGCAGACGCAAAAAUAAUGGUCUACCAAACACUAUGUUUCUUGGAAACACAGUGCUUAAUAAUGGUGCGGAUAUUGUUAAUAAUUUUGCGCAAUGCUUUCAAAAUAUUUACAGAGUAAAUGAUGAUUUAAUACAGCCCACCUUAGAAUAUGAAAAAACAGUGAGUCUGAAUUCUUGUAAUGUAUCUAUUGAAAUCAUAUUUGAAAA